AACUAUGACAGAUCAUGCUGCGUUCCACUUGCAGCCAAUCAGCGCCGGCAAAAUAGUGUGACGUCUGCAAGCCAUCCUGUCCAGGAAGUUGGGAGUUUCUUGUUUCUUUCAACUUCGUAUUUUAGAGCAAUUCAAGACGGCCAGAUAGGGACACAGUUUUUGUGGACAAACUUCCUGAAAGUCGUUGAACGGAGAACGUGGGAGAGGACGCCUUAAAACCAAGAUGCUAGCUUCAAGCCUGCCUGCGAGUUACAGCCCCGAACUCCGUAAUGAGCAACUACAGAAAGUCGACCAAUUCCUGCAGCAGUUCAUGGUGUCAGAUCAGGCUGUGAUGGAUUUGUCCCUGAGGUUCAGGCGCGAGAUGGACAAAGGCUUGUGCAGAGACACGAACCCCACGGCUGCUGUCAAGAUGCUGCCCACAUUUGUGCGCUCCACCCCGGACGGAACAGAACAAGGGGAAUUCCUGUCUCUUGAUCUGGGAGGAUCCAACUUCAGAGUUCUCCUGGUGAAAGUCAAAGCUGAUGGCGAGCAAAAGGUGGAAAUGGAAAACAAGAUUUACGCCAUUCCUGAGCACGUCAUGAGAGGCUGCGGGUCCGGCUUGUUUGACCACGUGGUGGACUGUCUGGCUAACUUUAUGGAGAUGAAGGGGAUAAAGGAUAAAAAACUUCCUCUAGGGUUCACCUUCUCGUUUCCAUGUCUGCAAACCAAACUGGAUGAGAGUGUCUUGUUGUCUUGGACCAAAGGCUUCAAGCUAAGUGGAGUUGAAGGAAAGGAUGUGGUCAACCUUUUGAGGACCGCUAUUAAAAAGCGAGGGGACUUUGACAUUGACGUGGUGGCAGUGGUCAAUGACACAGUGGGAACCAUGAUGACCUGUGGCUAUGAGGAUCAGUACUGUGAAAUUGGCUUGAUUGUGGGAACCGGCACCAAUGCCUGCUACAUGGAGCAGAUGAGGAACCUUGACCUUCUGGAUGGAGAUGAAGGGCGGAUGUGCGUGAACACCGAGUGGGGCGCGUUUGGUGAUGAUGGUGCCCUGGAGGAUCUCCGCACCAACAUAGACCAGGAGAUAGAUUCAGGAUCACUGAACCCUGGAAAACAGCUGUUUGAAAAGAUGGUCAGUGGGAUGUACCAGGGCGAGCUGGUGCGUCUCAUCUUGGUGAAGAUGGCCAGACAGCGGCAGUUGUUUCAGGGUAGGACGACGCCGGAGCUCCUCACCACUGGACGCUUCAGCACCAGCUACAUCUUCACCAUCGACUCAGACAAAGAAGCAGAAAGUUUGUCAAGUACCGAGAAGGUUCUGCGCGACCUGGGUCUGGAACCGUCGCUGGAGGACUGCAUAUGCACCCGGAGGGUGUGUCAGAUCGUGUCCACUCGGGCGGCGCGCUUGUGUGCAGCCACUCUGGUGGCAAUACUUCGACAGAUCCGGGACAACAAAGCCGCCGAGAAGCUGCGCACUACCAUUGGAGUGGAUGGCUCUGUUUACAAGAAUCAUCCAGAAUUUUCCAGAAGGCUGAACAAAAUGGUGCGACGGCUCGUUCCAGACUGCGACGUGCGCUUUCUGCAGUCUCAGGACGGCAGUGGGAAAGGCGCCGCCAUGGUUACAGCGGUGGCGUAUCGCCUCGCUGCUCAGCACGCAGAGCGCCAACGCAUCCUAGACACUCUGCGUUUGAGUCGUGAACAGUUGCUGGAGGUGAAGAGGAGGAUGACGGAAGAGAUGAUGCGAGGCCUGGCGAAGCAAACGCACGAGCAGACCAGCGUCAAGAUGCUGCCCGCCUUCGUCCGACACACCCCAGAUGGAACAGAACAUGGAGAUUUCUUGACUUUGGACCUUGGGGGCUCCAGCUUCAGGGUUCUCCUUGUGCGAUUACAAAGUGGAGGACAUCCCAAAGUAGAUAUGCAUCAGAAGAUCUACAGUGUUCCUCAGGAGAUCAUGCAAGGCACAGGGGAAGAGCUCUUCGACCACAUUGUGCAGUGCAUUGCUGACUUCUUGGAGUACAUGGGCAUGAGGGGAGCGUCUCUACCUCUGGCGUUUGCUUUCUCUUUUCCCUGUCAUCAAAAUAAACUGGAUGAGGGCAUCCUUCUGAAGUGGACAAAGGGUUUCAAAGCCAGCGGCUGUGAGGGAAGAGAUGUUGUCACGUUACUCAAAGAAGCUGUUCGCCGUAAAAGGGAAUUUGGCUUAAGCUUCGUGGCGGUGGUGAAUGACACCGUGGGAACUAUGAUGACCUGCGGCUACGAAGACCCCAAAUGUGAGGUGGGACUCAUCGUAGGCACAGGGACCAACGCCUGCUACAUGGAGGAGAUGCAUAACAUUGAAGUGGUGGAGGGCAACGACGGGCAAAUGUGUGUCAAUGUGGAGUGGGGAGCGUUUGGCGACAACGGCGAGCUGGACGACUUUCGCACUCGGUUUGACCGUGCAGUAGACGAGGGCUCGAACUACCCUGGGAAGCAGAGUUAUGAGAAGAUGAUUAGCGGCAUGUACCUGGGUGAGAUCGUUAGGAACGUGCUGCUGGACUUCACCGAGCGAGGCCUGCUGUUCAGGGGCAAAAUGUCCGAGCGGCUGAAGACCAGGGGCAUCUUUGCGACAAAGUUUCUGGCACAGAUUGAAAGUGACCGUCUGGCCAUGCGGCAGGUCCGCUCCAUCCUGCAGCACCUGGGCCUGACCGGCUCCACCUGCGACGACAGCGUGCUGGUGAAGGAGGUGUGCAGCGUCGUCGCCCGGCGGGCAGCGCAGCUGUGUGGCGCCGGUUUGGCCGCUGUCGUUGACAAGAUGCGCCAAAACCGCAACCUGAACCAGCUCUCCGUCACUGUGGGAGUGGACGGCACACUCUACAAGACACACCCUCACUUCUCCAGCAUCAUGCAGGAAACCCUGCAGGACUUGGCCCCGCAGUGUCAGGUGACGUUCCUCAAGUCGGAGGACGGGAGUGGAAAGGGAGCCGCUCUGAUCACCGCCGUGGCCUGCAGGAACAACAGCUAAACCCCAGAGGCCGGCGCAGCACUGAUGUGAUGGAUUUACUGUGGAGUUACACUCGCAUCUGAGGUCUGCUCUGCAGCCCCCAAGUUUUCAUUUUCCUUUGUUUGUGUUGUUUUUAGGAAACCGUCAGACAUUUAGAGACAGGCUAUAAAGUCGGUUGUUGCACUAUGAAAUGAGACUGUUACGAGCUUCUGUUUUUAAACAUCUCUAAUUUAUAGCAGCACAUUUACAGGUUAAGGUCAGAAAAACCAUCUAUCAUCUGUCAGAAGUGGCACAAAAAAAGGAGAUUUUUUAUUCAAGUCUCCAAUCAGUUAUUUAUGUGUGUAUGUAGUGCUGGGCGAUAUGGAAAAAAUGUAUAUUGCAAAAUAAUUGAUUUUAUAUCACAAUAAUGAUAUAUAUGUCUCGAUAUACAGGUACCACUAUAAAGUCUAUAUUCAGUUAUUCUCUAGAAAAGGUCACAAGUGGUUUCAAGUUUCUUAGUAGGAAAACAGAAUUUUGUACUAAAGUUCAGCAAUAAAAAUAAAAACUAUAAAAGAGAAAUGGUCCACACGAUAUGUAUCGUCACAUCGCCCAGCACUAUGUGUAUUGAUACUUUUUUAUUUACUAUUUUAGUGGAAAAUCUAGAAAUCCUUUAUAAAAAUCCUUCUGUAUCCUUAGAUUUUUUUUACUUCUUGUUGAAUUCAAACACAUGUAUAAAAUCUGUUUAGAGUGAGGAUGAGAAGUGAAGCGUGAAUAAUCAUUCCACUGAAGUUAUUAUGAUGCAACGAAAGAAAACACGCUCGCUUGUUUUAGUCAGGCGUGGCGAGUUGCAGAGAUCUCCCGCUGCUUUCUGUAGGAGCUGUGACUCCAGGUUAUACAAGUGGGAGGAGUCUGUUUGCCCACUCGACUGCUACAUUUUAACCAAAGAUCGACACAGAAGCUUAUCUGUCUGCUUCCCAAAAAAAUCCUCAAUGGAAUAAUGUGGAAAAAAUAAAGAAAGAAUUACACUUUUUUUGUUGGAUCCUCAUUAAGUUUGCAGUGUUGCUGAAAUGCCCUCCAAACUUUGUGAUGAAAUUCUGUUGAAACCAGAACAAACACACCGGUCGUCAACUCUUGGCUUGAACAUUUUCUUUAUGAUUUGGGGUUUUGGUGGGACUUGAUGAAAUGACUGGAAAUGAAUGUUUGGGACUUUUGAAAACCCAGGAGACGCUGCAGCAGACAGCCAAAAGGGAACGCUACCUAAACUUCUGCAGGUUGUUCAUAAAUAUGCUAUUGUAAAACUUCUUUUUAAAACUUUCUGAUAAGCUCUUGCUGUUAUUGUCAGACGGGUGGAAUUUCCUAAAACUACUCAAGUGAAGAUGGCGUAACUUUAGAAUAAUAUUGCCUUAGCAAAAUAUAAAAAAGAAAGAUAAUACUUGAGUGGCAGAGGAAAAAAAUGCAAAAUGAAACAGAAAAAUAAUAAAAA